UGUAAUUUGGGACUAGUAUAAUAAAUGGCAAUAAUCGUAGAAUCUAGAAUAAUUAGUAAUUAUGACGAUUGUGACAUAAUUAUGACUGUAGUUGAAGAAUAUAAAUGAUAAUGCAUAAUAAUGAUAGUGAAUAUAAUUUUAAUAUAAUUCUUCUAGAAAACAUUAUUUGUAACAUAAAAAUAAUAUGAUGGGACUGUUGAAAUUGGAAUAAUCAAUCUGUACCUAUUUGUUCAGAAAUUUUCAAUUCAGCUACUAAUGGACAAGCCUAAUGUUUAUCAUAAAACUGCUCGAGCUGUGCUCACCAGAGAUGCAUCUCUACAAUCAGAUGACGGUAGCAGUGUGUGUUCAAGUGUUGAAUCAGUUUUAGAACUCAGAAAACCAGAUCCAGAGACCGUUCUGUUAGAACUUGGAUUUGGACCACCACAUUCCAUUAAUUACUUAACAAGAGUACCUGAGCGGUUUUUACAGCCAUCCAAAUUGUUAAAAGAUAUCGAUAUCAACAAAUUUUUGGAGAAGCAAGGAGAAAAACACAUUGCACAUUUAAAAAUUACUUCCCCACCUUCUCCACUUAAAAGAUAAAAUUUCAUACUUCCAAUUUUUAAAAAUCUAUUUGCAAAUUUAAUUAAAAGUGUAACCCUUAAGUAUUCAAAAUUCAAUGUUAUUUGUAGUUAGAAAUAGUAAAUAAUGCAUUUUAUUACCAGAUAAUUUUUAAUAUACUGUAAUGUUUCAUUCUCUCUUACUUAAGUUUAAAAGCAAUAAAGGAAGUAUCACUUUCAACAUAAUUUUAUGUUGGUAAUAGUUGUUUAUUAAUCAAUUUCCACUUAUUAGAUGCAUAUAUAUGCACGAGUAUUUUUUAUAAUCCUUAAUGCUGUUUAUAUUCAUCCAAGGCAAGUAUAACUGGAGGUGUAAUACUUGUGAUCAAUAUUUCCUGUAGCAUGUGAAUAUUGUAAUAGUUUUAAGUAAUUACGUAUACUUUACACCUUUUAAGUUUUAAGGUUUAUUGUCCCUCCUACUUGUUCGUAAUUAAGAUUAUUAUCAUGAUGUAGUUAUGUGUAUUAAACAACUAAAUUUUAA